UUAUUUUUCAAAUAAACCGAAACUACCGGUAUUGUCAACAAACAGGUAUUUUUAUUUUAUAUUCAUGAAGAAAGAAGUCUUGUUUAAAGUUCAUUUAGGUAUAUGUAAUAGAAAUAGGAAUAGUUGGUAUGGAUACUUCACUUGAAUUAGUUCUUCAGUAUCCCUUAAUAAAAAUUAAACCAACAACUGAAGAUAAUGUUCUGCUCUUAGAGGGAAAAUUUUGUGUUAAUAAUAAGGAUAUAUUUAUAAAACUGAAACAAACGAGUUUAAUUGAUGGACAGCAGAAGUAUGAAUUACGAAGAUUAGAUGUUCCAGAAAAAAGCCAAGUUCAAAGUAUUCUGGAUAAUAAUUGCCAUAAAAGUAUAGUUGAAGUUCUUGAUAGCAUUCAAAGACUGCUUAAAUCUAAAGUUCAGAAGCAAUUACCGGAUUACUGCAUUAUAUAUAGAACUGUUUUACAUGAAUAUUCUGAAUUUACAAAGUUCUUUUUAAACCUGAAAAGUUGCAAAUUAAAAGAAGAUUUGACAGUGGUAUAUGCUUCUGCAACAGAUAAUGGUUCAAGGGAACAUUUUGUAGAAAUACUGGUGGAUUACAGUAAAAAAUCUUCUGAUAUAUUUAAAAUAUCCGAGUGUGAUUUGCCUCUAAGAGAUGAAGAUAAUUUUAAACCUAACAAUAGUCUUACAGCAUUGUUCGACCAGUUUGUUGCAAAAAUUGAGUUGCUACAGCCGUAUUUUGAUUUAAUGGAAGAAUUUGAUAAAAAUUCAACUGUAAUGGACCCAGAAAACCCAAAGUGGAAAGAAUCUUACAGAAGAAUCUGGCUGGGUGAAAACAUAUCAACUAUCAUAACCAUGGAUCCAUACAACAUUUAUCACAGGCCCAGUAUCAAAUUUUUAGGUCCGGAUAGGUUAGUGGACCCAUAUAAUGAAGCACUGAAUGGAAACCUUGAAAAAUGGGUUUAUCAGGAGAAUAUUUUUCAGGCAAUACUUGAUUUAUUAGGCUUACAAGUUUUCCCAAAAAGAGAAAUAUCCGCAAAACAAGUAAACCUUCUAGUGGAAUACGGAGAAUGUAGUAUUUGUUUUUCAUUACGGUUAAAUGAAAAACUGCCAGAAAUCAUUUGUACAAAUAAAAGCUGUGAACAGUUCUACCAUGACGAAUGUCUUUAUAACUGGCUUAUUUCACUAAACGCAAAACGGAUUUUUAACAACAUCUCUGGAAACUGUCCUAACUGCGAAAAGACAAUUAGUUGCCCUGUGUUAGAUGAGGGAUUUUAAAAAUUCUAAACGAAUAUGCAAAUAAUUCAUUUAAGUAAUAAAAACAAAAAACAGAGAAACUUUGUACAAAUUUA